AUGGAGCAUCCUAAGCAUCUACUGCUGCUCCCGUACGAGAUCAGGGACAUGAUAUGGGCAUGUUGCUCUGCAACUGGAGAUGCAAAUGGACUGCUACGAUGCUGCCGCCAAACGAAGGAAGAGUUCACUCGCUACUGUGUGCUGCCCAAGGACGUCUCCCAGCUUGAUAAGCUCAAGAUACUGGUCGACUCAACAUAUGACCAUGGAAUCUGGCUCAAGUUCGACUACACUUGGCAGCAAAACGGACACACCCGUCGUGCUGUGAGCGCCGUUCGACACAUGAGCGAACCCAUUGUUCGGCGUGUCGCCAAAACGAUCAAAGUCAACGAAAUAACAGUACAUUUACAUGCUCCCAGGCACGGACACUUUGUCGGAGCACUUCUCAUGAUGUUGGCAAAGGCGGAUGAUGCUUACUAUUUUAUCUAUGCCAUGUCGCGAUACAGCAAGUUCAAUAUGGACAAUCCGGGCCGCAUUGCCAUCAAGUUUUCCACCGAGAUGUUGCAGCCGGGCCAGUCAACAAAGGAGGCAAAGAACUUUUGGGAAUGUCGUGCACCCAAGGUAUUGGAGGACCCUAUGAGAAAGUAUCUGAGCCAUCCAGGACAGAUGCCUUGCUUCUAUGAGUACUUCUUAAGGUGUUUUCGUACGCUCCCGAGUGUGCCUGAGAUCGAGUACAAAAGGUGGCCACGGAAACAUGUCCACCGAGCUUACAAGAUGCCGGAUCCAGAUGAUAUUCUACCAUACAUGACUGAAUGUUACCCAGCACUCCUCCCGGAUCUUCAAAAGCACAUCAAACAAAGAGCUGCCUACAUAAUGGCAAACGGCGUGACCUCGCUUGACGAAACAUCGUUUGCCCACACGGGAGACCCAGUUGAUUCCAGCUGGGAGCACAUCAACUACGACACCGUGAGUUUGGCCUGUAGGUAUUUCUUUUUGUUGGAUAACCUGGCUGGUCCCGUUGGAGGCUGCCUGGACAUGUUACGCUUGCAUCGAUUCAAGACCAUGGAUGCAAUUAGUGUGGACUACUUUGCUCGUGCAGAAAACAGGGCCGGGAACGACGACGCUGGGUUGUUUGGGGCAUCGAGUAAGGUAACUCGACAACUCCGAGCACUGUUCGAACCUCUAGCAACAGAUCAUGUCGUUGGUCUGCGAAGCACUUGUCCGCACCUCCGUGUGGUGGAAUGGCCUACCACUUCUUCCAGCUCUCAACUUUCGUCCGAUGCCAGUUCUAGGUGGCUGGAAAGCUACCCUAAUGGCAUCCGGUACCACUGGGGCGGUCGGAAUCUGGUGGAUUGGAGGUUCGGGUGGGAGGCAAAGCUAUUAGGGGAGCACUACAAGCCGCAUCGGGAUCGGGAACCAGGGCUAUGGGUCUCGUGGAUAAACAAGAGCUGGGAAGGCAGAGGAUGCUGCCAGGAUUCGAUUCGUUGGAUGAUGGAGCUCGGCAAUGUGCAUGACAGACGCCGCUUGAGGAGGCUGAAUGCGCCAGGUAAGGCUCGCCACUUUAUCCUUAGUAGCAAUACUAUCAAUCGAUAUGCUUCGGAGCAGGAGCAGGAGCAAGACAGACCGAUGCUAGGCCGAAGGGAAUGCCUUCGACACAUAAGGCCUAGAAAUAAGGACCCGUUUUACAUCAGAUUCUGUGGCUAUCGGGAGCUGGCUUUUGAAUGCUCAUCCUGGGCUACAACGUCGCGUGCUAAAGAGACCCCGGGAAAUAGGAAAUGGUGUGGCGAUAUAUGCUCUGAGUAUUCGGCUGCAGCUCUGCGGGGAGAUGUUGCUAAUAAUGGUUGA